GCUAUCAAAAUCACUAUUUCAAUGUCAAUAAUGAGUUGUCAUUCAGGAAAAAAUUUGAAAAACAAAAGAUGCCUUAAACUUUUUUUGGGCCACUUUAGAUACACAGAUGGUCCCAAUAGAAAAUAUGAAACACAGUACUGUCCGACUGUGCACUUGGAAUGUACAUACUCAUGUCAGUACUGCGGUAUACUAUUCACGAGACUCUUUUCCCUAUAAUUUCAGAAAGUCUGAAUUUGAUAAGAGUGUACCGGGUACCACAAUACUGAGUAUUGAGAAGCCAAAGGUUAUCAAGCCUACAGUUUCCUCACCAGUUUCUAUCGAAAGAUUCACGUUCUCUACGACAGCUAGUUAUUCAGUAACCCAUGUAUACAAUAUUAUCGUAAUGGCUACACACGCGACGCCGUUUCAAAAAACAUAAGUAUAUCAUAUAAGCGGUCAAACAAGUAUCGCGAAAGCUAUCGAACAGUCUAUCUAGGCAUGGGAGUGCCAUGGAAACUUGAUACGUCAGGAAAACGUCGAAGCGCGAAUCUCGACGUGAGGGUGCCAAAAAUGUGAAAUCGGAGCAGAAAAUUUUUUGGAACGUUCUACAAGAUGGUAGCGUUUUCACAGCUCUUCUUUGAAUUGAAAUGGGGGGAUAACACAAAAAAGAUUUGCUAGUUUUCUUUGAUUUGAAGAUUGAUUUGGAAAAAGCAGGAAUUCCGUGGAAGAGAUGUUUUCGUUGUAAUUACGUGUUAUGCGAAGAUGACUUUCAUACAUACGGUAGCAGGGUAUAACCGUUCAUCCUUGUAAGAUUAGUACAUACAUUCCCGGUACGCUAGUAUGAAAUUCAUACUUUUGAGGUAUGCCAUUUUUCGGUACCUAGUUACAUGGUAACGGUAACGGCUCAGCCCUCUACAAGAGACAUAUGAAAUGCUAUUUUGUGAAACACGAUUGAAAAUGAGUGUUGAAAUUUAGAGUGAGAAAAGUGAGCCUUUCCCUGCCUCACAGACCAUGACAAAUAUUUCGAUAUGUCUGUCAUGAUCUGUGACACUAUAAGAAAUUUUGAUAUGGUGACUUAAGUUCGUCAAUCAAUCGGGACAGACAUCACAAGAUAUCUGCAUAAUAUGGUUAAAGCUGCUCUGCCAUGAUUAAAAUUUCUAUUCCAUAUGAAUUGAGCUGAAGUUUUUUUUUUUAUUAUUUUCUAGUUUCUUAUUCCAGCUGCGGACACGACCUAUUACUGCAAAAUAUUCAAAGCACCGUCAUUUAAAGGAAAGCGUCAUGUUAUCGCGCAAAAAUUUGUAAUCGACGACAUAAAUGUGGAUAUUGUUCAUCAUAUGGUAGUUUAUGAAUGUGAUCCAUCAACAGUAUUUCCAGAUGAUAACAAUUUGCCGAACAAUGAAUGCGAUUAUGCUAAUGCUCGCAAUGACGGUUCCGAAUUGUGUAGAACAAACAUUGCAACAGUUUGGGCAAUUGGUGGAGACUUGAUUGAAGAACUUCCGGAAGAAGGUGGUUAUCCAGUUGGAAGCGAUUUCGAUAUCAAGUACUAUCUAUUAGAAAUGCAUUAUAAUAAUCCUCGUUUGAUUUCAGGUCGUCGUGACAGUUCUGGAGUACGAUUCUAUGUUUCGCCAACAUUACGACAAUAUGAUCUCGGUUAUUUGACAUUCGGAACCACAGCAAAUGCACUAGCCAUAGCUAUUCCACCAAAUACUACUCGUUUCAAUGUUGAUUCAUAUUGUCCUGCGCAAGCAACAAAAAACUUUCCGAAAGAUGGCAUCACUGUAAUAACAGCAUAUGCACAUGCUCAUAACCAAGGACGUAGUGUAUGGACUAAAUUGAUUCGAAACGGUACAGCUAUUCAAUACUUGUUUAAUACUGAAUCAUUCGAUUUUAAUUAUCAAUUCGAACAUAAACUACCAAAAAGAAUUCAGUUAUAUCCCGGCGAUGAGUUUGCUACACGUUGUGUCUAUUCCACAGAAAAUAAAAGUGUUAUUACAUUGGGUGGCGAACCUUCGACAAGCGAAAUGUGCACGCAAAUAUUUAUGUAUUAUCCAAGGAUGAAUAAUAUUUACAGUUGUUUAUCUGCAAUAAGUAAUAAGUCGUGGUCAUUAAUGUACAAUGGAUCAAUGAAUGGUACGGAAACUUAUGGUUCGGAUGAUCACAAAAAUUUUGUUCAAUGGCUCUUAAAUCUUAAAUGAGAAAGUUUAGAAGUAGCAAAAAUUAAUCAGACAACAGGUCUUAUGAAAACUAUUGGAAUAUAUCCAGUUGGUACAUUUAGUGUUGUUAUGGCCAACGCAUUAAAACGUCGAUUGUAUUAUAAUAUUAUUGAUUCGACACUCUAUAGUAUCAAUAUUGAUACAGGAGGACUAGAUGUUAAUAUUGAAAUACCAAUAGAUUAUACAAUUUAUGCGAUAAACAGCAAACGCCUGGUUUUUAGCUCAAAUCAUCAUCAUCACAGCAAAACAGGAAAUUAA